UGAAAACUCACCACCAAAAUGAGUACCGUGAAUGAGUUGUGCAGGGUUUCUACAGUCUUUGGCUUGUUUCUUCUCGGGUCCCAUGCGGUUUAAAACAAGGAUCAGCAACCUGCCAACCCUUUCGCGGUUAGCUCAGUCAUUGGACAGAAUUGGCAAGUUCUGUUGGAUCCGAUUGAUGCCGGAAACUGUGAAUUUUGUUGUCAUUCCGGAAUUCAAAACAACACAAGUUUGGGCUGUAGUGGAGAUUGAAACGGUGUUUGAGGACUAUAUUGUACAAAGUAAUGCAGAAAACGUUAUCAAUCUUGAGGUUCCCACAGCCAAUUUGUACAAGGCUCUCCGUUCUGCGACAAAUGCUGCACACGCUACACUUCGACUGACGAAACAGAACAACCAAGCCAUCCUUUCCCUUUCCACGACUUGGAGUGGUCGGGCUUUUGGCUCAAAUAUUGUCACACAUAACAUUGCAGUCAAGGUCUUGUCACAUAACUACGUUUCGCUAGUUAAGGAACCGACUGUUCCUGAGCCUAACUGUCAUAUUUUUUUGCCGCCUCUGAAUGUGAUGAAAGCUGUGGUUGACCGUUAUCGAUCCAUGUCGGAUCGCAUAAUAUUUUCCGCAAACAUGGCCGGAGAACUUGAGUUGGCUAUUUGUACGCCGGCUGCAAAGAUCAAAACUCGCUGGAGCAAUUUACAGAACCCUGAGCUGGAUCCUAGCCAGGUACAAGAUGUCUCGCAACAUCCUUCACAAAUGCGUGAGCCGCAUGAGUUUGUUGAGAUGCGUUUGGACUCGCGCGAGUUUUCAAACAUUCUUUUGGUUUCUAAUGUUUCUCGAAAAGUUAUAGCUUGUUUAUGUGAAGGCCAUGCACUUGUCUUGUAUGUCUACAUUACUGACCCUGAAGAUGAACACACAGCAGUGUUGACGUACUAUAUGAGUACGUUUCUUGACUGAAUUAUAUUUUACAAUAACCUCUCCUGUGAUGAUUUUGAGUUGAGUUAAAUUGGGUGUUUGCAAUGAUUGUUCGUUUAUAGAACAAAGUUAUAAAUGCUUCCAAAAAAAAAAGGGCAGAUUUCCUGCAGUAUACUUACAACAUUUUUCAGCUGAUGUUUUCAUUUCUUGCAGUUAGCCUCUCAUUCUUUCAACUCGCUAUCAGUCAUAAAAGCAUCUCUCCUUUUACUGUCGCUUCCCCUUGUCCGUCCUCUUUGUCUAUUUUUUACCUUUCCGUCGUUUGCAUUGCAGUUUUACUAGGCAUCUAUCUAUAACGGUUACCAUAUUUGUAAAUAACUCAUAGAUUGAAUAUAGAACCAUCUUUGGUAAGAAUUGGCGAUAAGAAUAUGGAGCACAUUGUAUAUUUUGCAUUGAAUCUGCGAGGGCUUACAUAGGGC